AUGGAACGCACCAACGUCAUGGACGUCAGCGGUUUCAAGGAGACCCUGUCGAGUCCUGAUGGCACCCCUCCCUCAAACGGCCUGGCCGAGGAGGCUUUCCGCAGCGCCACCCCUGGUUACUAUAGGAGAGGGGUGCAGCAGGGAUGGCUGGGCACGGAUUACGUGCCGGAAGCCAGACCAGCAAAAACCAUUGGAGCGUUUGCUGAGGCUGGCGGCAACGGCAACAGUGAAACCACCGAGGGCUCCGAUAUCGUUGGCUUGAUGGAGGCAGUUUGGUUUGGGCCGCAGUCAAGCAGCUAUGGCACCUCGGGCAGCAGCGGCUUCUCAGGCUUCCAUGAUAGCGCGACAAGCAUGUCCAAUGGGAGGGGUGGCCGUACGCGCGCUGUGGACAAGGGUCUUGUGGGGAACAGCGAAAGCAACCACAGCAGCAAUCGCAGCAGGAACAGCAAUGGCAGCGCUGCCAGCACCGGCCACACAGCUGACGCUGACCAGCAGCAACCGGCAGGAGAGCCCCAUGCAAGGAGCGCGCAUGACAAUGGGAAGAAGCUCACCGCUCUGCAGGAGGCGUCCACUGCGGCCGCCAAUUCGCAACAGCAGGAGGAUAGAGCGCAGAGCUGCAAGGCAGCCAGCACGAGGGGGGCGCAGGGCGGGGAGAAGGGCAAUGAUUGGUUGGGAACGUGGGCCAAGAGGCAGGUCCACUACAAGCAGCCGCCGCCGCCCUCACUGCCAGCUCACAUCCCCGGCACGCCGCAGCCGUCAGACCGGACCGUCAGGCGAAGGGCGCCCGGGCGAGAGGGCGGCGGCAGCGGCGACAGCGCCAAAAGGAAGAACAGUGGGGAGGGCGCCACGCGCAUGGACAGCGAUGCCUGCAACGGCGCAGAUGACGGUGCAGGGGCAGCGAAGGGGGAGGAUGAGGCAGGAGCGGAUCAGCCGACGGGGCGAUCAGAGGAGUCUGACACGCUGGGGGACGACGACGAGAAGCUGCGGCAGGCGGCGUGGCGCUGGCGCUUCAACCGGCGCUGGGCGCAGGAGCAGGCGCGGCAGAUGGACCCCGAGUAUGGCCUCCAGGCCGGGGACGAGGACGGCUGGGACGAGGCGCUGGGCUACAUGGACGCGUGCGGGCCCGGGUGGCACCUGCAGAUUGCGCGCACCACGUCCGACGACGGCCUGGCCAACAGCAGCCUCAUCAGCCACGCCAGCGGCCUCUCCAACUGCUUCCUCGGCGACUCCCAGCGCUCGAGGACGCUGGCGGCGACUGGGGAUGGCUCGGGCAUGGGCGAGGCAACAAAGGGGAUCGUGCAGGUUGCGCGCAAGGCCGCCAACCUGUACGAGCACCAGCAGGCCAUCGAGGACCAGGUCCGCGAACGGUGGGACUCGGCGUCGCAUGCGGGCAUGAGCUGGGCGGGGCAGGAGCUGCCGGCGGUGCAGAUCGACAAAUUCGGCAAGUUCCCGUUCGUGCUGGUUAAGCUGAGCGACCGCCUCGCCGGCAGCAAGCUGCUCGUGCGCGGCAAGAACGGCCGCUCCGAAAUGCAGCUCGUGUCUACCGUCACCAAAGAGGUGCUGGGGGUGACAUCACGUGGGCGGCUGCCUCAGGCGUCGGUAACGCUCAUGGGCAGCGGAUCCAUGGAGUGGAGCAGAGAGCGCGACCGCGUCAUCAACGUCAGCGCAGGCAAGGUGGUGUCUGGUCUGGACGGCAGCAUCCAUUCCAAGGAGGACGUGGCGCGGCUGACUGCGGCUCUGACUCGAGCCUCGCUGCCCAUGCACUACCGGGUCAACAUAGAGGGCGAGAAGGCGGCCUGA